UCUCAAUAAUCACCUCUCAAAAAUCAAAAUUCAAUUUCCAAAAAUAAAAUCACCGAAUUAUCAAACAACCCAAAAAAAAAUAAAAAAAUAUCACAUAACGACAUCCACAAUGACAGGUCAAAUUGAUGUACAAACAAAGCACACAGAUACAUGAAGCAGUUUAGUUGAAGUGAGAUACUGGGAUCGCAUUUUCCUGUUUUGUAUUUAUUAUAUCGAAACGAUUCUUUGGGACGAAACGAGAUGUUGGAAUCAUGUGAUUGCAUUGAGUCUCUACUGCCACACGAUGACCUGCUAGUUAAAUACCAAUACCUCGCAGAUUUCUUCAUUGCAGUCGCCUACUUUUCCAUUCCGAUGGAGCUUAUUUAUUUUGUCUACAGAUCUGCAUGCUUCCCGUACAGAUGGGUCCUCAUGCAAUUUGGUGCUUUUAUUAUUCUCUGUGGAGCAACACAUUUUAUUAGCUUGUGGACAUUCUUUAUACACUCUAAGACAGUCGCUGUAGUUAUGACCAUAGCAAAAAUGUUAACAGCUGCUGUGUCCUGUAUCACAGCUUUGAUGCUUGUUCACAUUAUUCCUGAUUUGCUAAGUGUUAGAACACGAGAAUUGUUCUUGAAAGCUCGAGCUGAAGAGCUUGACAAGGAAAUGGGCCUAAUAAAAAGACAAGAAGAAACUGGGAGACAUGUCAGGAUGUUGACUCAUGAGAUAAGAAGCACACUCGACAGACACACAAUCUUGAAGACUACUCUUGUGGAGCUAGGUAGGACCUUAGACCUGGAAGAAUGUGCAUUGUGGAUGCCAUGCCAAGGAGGCCUGAAUUUGCAACUUUCCCAUAAUCUGAACAAUAUAAUACCUCUGGGAUCUACCGUACCCGUUAAUCUUCCUAUUAUCAACGAGAUUUUUAAUAGCCCUGGAGCAAUACAGAUUCCACAUACGAAUCCGUUGGCAAGGAUGAGGAAUACUGGUGUUAGAUAUAUUCCACCAGAAGUAGUUGCUGUUCGUGUACCACUUUUACACCUCUCAAACUUUCACAUUAAUGACUGGCCUGAACUGUCUGCCAGAAGUUACGCGGUGAUGGUUCUGGUCCUCCCGAUGAAUGGCCUAAGAAAGUGGCGUGAUCAUGAGUUAGAACUUGUGCAAGUUGUCGCAGAUCAGGUCGCUGUCGCUCUUUCACAUGCUGCAAUUUUAGAAGAGUCCGUGCGAGCCCAUGAUCAGCUCAUGGAUCAGAAUAUUGCUCUGGAUGUAGCUCGACAAGAAGCAGAGACGGCCAUCCAUGCACGUAACGAUUUCCUUGCUGUGAUGAACCAUGAAAUGAGAACACCUAUGCAUGCAGUUAUUGCUCUGUGCUCUCUGCUUUUAGAAACAGACUUAACUCCAGAGCAGAGGGUUAUGAUCGAGACCAUAUUGAAGAGUAGCAAUCUUCUGGCAACACUGAUUAAUGAUGUGCUAGAUCUUUCCAGACUUGAAGAUGGUAUUCUUGAAUUAGAAGAUGGAACAUUCAAUCUUCAUGGACUCUUAAGAGAGGCCGUUAAUUUGAUAAAGCCAAUUGCAUCUUUGAAGAAAUUAUCUAUAACUCUUGCUUUGGCUCUGGAUUUACCUAUUCUUGCUGUGGGGGAUGCAAAACGCCUUAUUCAAACUCUCUUAAACGUGGCGGGAAAUGCUGUGAAGUUCACUAAAGAAGGUCAUAUUUCAAUUGAGGCUUCAGUUGCAAAACCAGAGUACGCGAGAGAUUCUCAUCCUUCUGAAAUGUUCCCUAUGCCAAGUGACGGCCAGUUUUAUUUGCGCGUCCAGGUUAGAGAUUCUGGGUGUGGCAUUAGCCCACAAGAUAUCCCGCUAGUAUUCACCAAAUUCGCAGAGGCACGAACUACAUCAAGUCAAAGUACUGGAGGGGAAGGUCUAGGGCUCGCCAUUUGCAGACGAUUUAUUCAACUUAUGAAAGGUAACAUUUGGGUUGAAAGUGAGGGCCUAGGAAAAGGAACCACUGUCACGUUCGUAGUUAAACUUGGAGUCUGCAACCAUCCAAAUGCAUUGCCAAUGCUACCUAUGGUCCCUAGAGGCAGGCUGAACAAAGGUAGUGAUGAUCUCUUCAGGUAUAGACAGUUCCGUGGAGAGGAAGGUGGGAUGGCUGUGACCGCUCAACGCUAUCAAAGAAGUUUGUAAAUGACAACAAACAUUCGGGACAUGAUAGUACAGAAGACCAGGACUUGUGAAUUUGAGAUUUCUUCACUGUUUUGUAUGCUCCAAUGGCAGUGUCUUGUAACUAACUUAAUUCAGUGACUUAAAAAGUGAGGACUAAACAUUGCACCAUCUUGAAAGUGUCACUAUUUAACUUUUAUAGCGAGCUUUAGACAAAAA